AUGGGUGUUUGCAGCUCUAAACAAGAAAAUGACACCAAUAAUACCAAUACUCCACAGCAAAAUGCGCAACAUCGUCCACGAACAGGGCAGCCUGUAGCCGGAUCAACCAAUAGUAGAAGAGCUACGCCGCAGAGCAAAGCUAAGGAUGAAAAUUAUACCUCUAUCAAGGAAACACGACAAAUAUCGAAGAAGCAUAAUAAUAGCGUUCAGAAGAAAGCUAAGAUCAGGGAUAUCUCAAAUUUAGGAGAUCAACAAUUGCAAAAUAUGGACGCUGACCCCAAUAAUAAGGAGAUUAAAGUGCUGUUAUUGGGUGCAGGUGAAAGUGGAAAAUCAACUAUUCUACAACAAUUGAAGAUUAUCCAUGGGGGUGGAUAUUCUAAGGAUGAAUUAUUAGAAUUUGUUCCUUUGAUCUAUAAUAAUAUACUGGAACUCGGAAACGACUUGAUCAAUGCUAGAGAGAAACUUUUUAUUAAGGUUGAACCCAAUGAUUCAGAAUUUUCUAAGAAAGAUAUCGAAGAGUUCAAGAAUUUUGCUUUGGAGACUGAUGAUGCAGAAUCUUCUAACGACAAUGAAAAUGAUACUGAUGCAGAUAAAGACAGAAAAGAUCUCCCCAUUAAAAAAGGGAAUGCUGCAUCGGCAGUAUCACCCAAGCAAAAGACAAGAACUAUACAAACUUUCCCACCUGAAAUCAGGGAUAUAUUGAAGAAAUUAUGGAAUUUACGCUCUUCCCAAAAAUUGAUCAAUAGUCCAGAAAGAUCAUCAUUUUAUCUCAUGGAUUCUGCUAAAUACUUUAUGGAUAAUAUUGAUAGAAUAACUGAGAAGGAUUAUGUUCCAACCUUACAAGACAUCUUACGCUCCAGACAAAAGACAACUGGUAUCUUUGAUACACAUAUCAACCUCGGCUCUAAUUCAAAUCUACAUCUUUUCGAUGUUGGUGGUCAAAGAUCUGAACGUAAGAAAUGGAUCCAUUGUUUUGAUAACGUUACAUUAAUUAUUUAUUGCAUUUCACUAUCCGAAUAUGAUCAAUCCCUAUUGGAAGAUGACGGACAAAACAGAUUUCAUGAAUCGUUAGUUCUUUUCGAAAAUAUUUUGAAUUCUAGAUGGUUUGCAAGAACGUCAGUCGCAUUAUUUUUGAACAAGAUUGAUCUCUUUGCUGAGAAAAUUAAAAAGGUGCCCUUGGAGAAUUAUUUUCCCGAUUAUACAGGCGGCCAAGAUAUAAAUAAAGCCACCAAAUACAUUCUAUGGAGAUACAUGCAAUUGAAUCGUGCUAACUUGAAUAUAUAUCCACAUGUGACACAAGCCACAGAUACAUCAAAUAUCAAGUUGGUGUUUGCCGCGAUCAAGGAAACUGUAUUAGAGAAUAGUCUGAAGGACUCUGGUGUUCUCUAA